UAAAAUAGAAGAAAAUCUAUAGAGAGAGAGAGAGAUUGUACUUUGUGUGUAGAGUGUAGUGGAUAGUGAACCUUUUUAGAGAGAGAAAGGUGGGACAACGGGUCUCUCUCUAGUUGUUAAAUGUUAAUUGAAUAGGCUUGCCACCAUCAACACUUGUCUCAUGUACACUUGUCGAGACCCUUCUUCUCCUUGUUGUUGAGGGACACACUGCGUCCUGCCACCUCUGGUUAGAGAGAGAGAGUUUGUGAAGGUUUUGGGUAUUCCAGAUGCUUUGCGAAUGGGCAAAAUUCAACAGCAAAAUCUGCAGCAACGGCAGAGCCAUGACCCUGAGGAUCCAGCUUCGUCGGGACUCCUCUGCCGGGGAUGUUCGGUGGUUCUUCAAAGAUUUGCAAAUGAGUUCAGUUUCAAGUGCCUCUUCGUUUUGAUCUUGAGUCUUUCUGCUUUGGUUUCUGGGGUUUUCUGGGUGUACCCUAGGUUCGCGAUAAAGACUCGGUAUGAUGCCAGCGAUGCAAUUAAGCAAAGUGCUACUGUUCAAGCAUCCUUCAAACUGGAAAAGCCAGUUUCACAGCUGAUUCCGUACAUUAAAAUACUAGAAUAUGAUAUAUACGGUGAAAUAGGUGUCCCAAAUACAGAGGUAGCUAUUUUAUCCAUACACAAAAGUGGUACACCUAACUUCGCAAAUGUAACGUUUGGUGUUCUCUCUAAGCCACUGAAUGUUCCAAUAAACUCAGUGUACUUGAGUCUGCUGAGGUCAUCACUGGUUGAACUGUUCCUCAAACAAUCUAAUCUAACUUUGACAACAUCAAUAUUUGGGAAUGCGUCUAUGUUUGAGAUUGCAACAGUACCUGGAGGCAUAUCUGUAAUACCUGUGCAGCUGGGUCCUAUUAUUCAGAUGCCUGAGAUUCUGUUUAAUUUUACUCUCAAUAGUUCAAUAAAUGAAAUACUGGAUGGUUUUGAUGACUUCAAGAAUGAGCUGAGAUUGGACUUGGAUCUAAGAUCCGAUGAGAAUGUUUACGUUCAAUUAUCAAAUGAAAUUGGCUCAACAGUAGCUCCCCCAGUGACAGUGCAGGUUUCAGUCACGUCAACGUUUGGAGUAAUUCCACCUCAGAGAUACCUUGAAUUGGCUAGAAUAAUAUCGGGCUUCACCGAGAAAAAUCUUGGCCGUGGGAACUCAAACUUUGGCAAAGUCAAAGAAGUCAGAUUAUCAUCUUAUUUUAAGGGCAUGUUUCAUGGAGAGGCACCAUCUUCUGCCCCUGCUCCAUCCCCACAGCCCGUUGAUGCUGCUGAACCUUCAAUCUCACCAUAUCAUUCUCCUUCUCACUUACCAGUAUCCCCAACUUCUGCUAACCGAUCCCCUUGUUUUGACUGUCAAGCGUCAUCACCUGCACCUUCUAUUGAGACGGGGCAUCCACCUGACCCUUGUCCAUACAGUGGCUUCUCAUAUCCUCCGAGAUCAUCCCCAAAAUCUUAUUCUAACCCAUCCUUUAAAUCUGCUGCUCCUCCUCCCUCAGAUUUUGUGAACCCUACGUCUGGGAUAUCCCCAGAUCAGGCACCUACAACCCAUGGCUCCAGACCUGGCCUCGGCAAAGAAAAAGCUGUGAAGCCAAUAAAUCGGUCACUUGCUUCCUUAUCUUCAUCAUCAGCGUGUGGUGAUUCUCUUGGGGAAAUCUUGAUCUUGGUAUUUUAUAUGCUAUCUGUGUACUGUCUCUUUUGUCUUUCUCCAUAAUAUCAGAGUGUAAAAGAUAUGGAGAAAUUGCCAAAUGAAGGAUCUGCAAAUCCCGGCAUGGAGACAACAGCGUAAUGGCGCUUUGAAAGCUCCUUUUAAAUCAGAAGCGGAUAAAAAGGGUCAAAGCCAAAAAGUUGGCAGGCCUCCCGUUUAGUUAUCACAUAGAGAGAAUGGUAGAUGGUAGAUUUCAUCUAUAAAAGGUAAGUAAACUAAGUCAGUUAUGGGGAAAUAUAUAACCAUGUCAGAGUGGGUCUCAAAAGAAGUGAUGUGCUUAUAUGUUUCUUCAUAAGGUUUUAUUGCUUGUUUUUUUUGUAAAUCAAAACUAACAGCACCACUCAUUAAGAGCAAAGAGUGGCUUCCAGAUGCGAGAAGAACCGUCUUUUGUAUCCAUUCAAGUGUAUGAUAUGCCAAGUAUUAUGGGUUCUUUGCGCAUCAGACUCUAAUGUUUAACUGUCAAAA